UAACAAAUCUAAACAUCUUUCCCAAAAUGGCCAUAGUCACCUCGGCAGGCCGAAGUCACCCCAGUUUACGGUAGCCUGUUUCGCGAUCGCAAGCCGAAUGCAGGAAGAAGCUAUAUGACCGAGAUUCCACCUUAAAAUCCCGGUUAAUCCGAUACCUCGUCGGUCGCAACCAGCUGAUUUCACCGGUUAAUUUUGAAACGUGAGAUUUUUUGUACCGGGUUAAUUCUGAAACGCCUCGGUUACUGCCGCUGCAACCCGGUGUAUCCACCGGUGAAUUCUGAAAAGCGCCCCUAGGCUUGACAGCCUCACGUAUCCGUAAUUACGUACCAAUAGGAAUUUAGGCUUAGACCUUUAUAACUGACACUAACUGACACUAGCGACAGUCGACAUCAUCGACAAAUCAUUACCAAUAAAAAAAACAAUAACAAAUUUAGAUUUAUAAUAUGUUUAAAAUAUCUUAAAUAACAAUAUCGAUUAUUCCAGUAUUAAAAACCAUGUAUAGUUAAGGCAAGGAAAGGUGAACAUACCAAUACAAAAAUGAACCUAGAUUUUCAAAAAAAGUCCUAUCACAAAAGGUUUCCCAAAGAUGGUAUAAUCAGAUGUAUAUUUUUCUGUGAAUUUCAUCACACUGCUGGCCCCAUAAUUUCUUGUCAGGAGAAGGAUAUUUAAAUAUUCUAGAGGCCUUGGAUACAGAAUAUUUAAUAAAUUUACCAUUGGUAGAACACCGAACCAUUUAUUACCAACAUGAUGGUGCACCACCACACAGAACCCUUCCUAUAAUGAGAUUCUUAGACGCAUCAUUUAAUGACAAGUGGAUUGCCAAUAACGGACCUAUUUUGUGGCCUCCUCGUUCUUCGGAUUUAACUGCCCUAGAUUAUUUUAUUUGGGGAACAAUAAAGAAUAUUGUUUAUUUCAGUUCAUUAACAACGCUGCAGGAUUGUAUGGAAAGGGUUAGACAAGCAUUUGAAAGUUUAUCUCCAGGGUCAAUUAGAACGGCAACCUAUGACGAGCUAAUUCGCAGAUGUGAAAAAUGUUUAGAAGUUCAAGGAGGCAAUUUUGAACAUUUGAAAGGGUUAGAAUCAUAAGGGUCUAAGUGCGUCUGCCACUGUCUUGAGAUAAUUAAGGUUAAAGUUAAUUGAUUAUUGUAAAUUUGAUUUAAAUGCAUUUGAAAUGGUUUUUGUAUAAAAGAAUGUGGUUUAUGUAACUAUCUUAAAUACCGUAUACUAGAGAUUAAAAAAAUCUAAAGUUCACUGGUUUUAUGUCACUUGGAUCCUUAUGGUUCUGAGCGCUUUGGAAAAUUUUAGUAAGGAAAAAAGGCUACAAUUCUAUUUUUAUAAAAACUUACACUUUAUUAUACAACAAAUUAUCGAAAUUUACAGCAAAAACUAACUAAAAUAUGUCUAACCAUCGUAAUCUGACACGAUACUGUCGUUGUCUUCAUCCAGUUCUGUAUUUUCUUCAUCGUUAACCAGAACCGUCUUCUGACUUUUUUUCUUGGAGCUUUUCUUUCCUUGCACAUGAGAUCAAUGUGGCAAAUAGAACCUGGCAACAUGGUGUGAGGUACUGUUUACUUUAGUUCCAAAAAGUUGUGAAAUAUCCGGAGGAAACGGCUUAGAAAAUUGUGUAACUUGUGUGUAUUGAUGAUUUAGUGUUUAUAGACAACGUGUGUAUAAAGGUAACUUACAAAUUUUAGUAAUAAUUUCGAAGUUGUGUGGGCUAUUGUUUAUAAAUAAUUGCUCUCGAGGCGCAACGUUGCCGGACGGAACAAUAAAAUAUUCCUGAUAGGAAAGGUUAAUUGUAGACCGCGUAGGUGAUGUCGGAGAACUGUGGCGUUUGUAAAAAAAAAGUUGCAGAAAAUGAACAGGCUCUUUGCUGCGAUGUCUGUGAAAUUUGGUAUCACAGAACAUGUCUUAAUAUGACUAAAACAACCUAUAUGCGCUAUGAAAAAAAUGUAAAUUCUGGAUGGAAAUGUGAAAAAUGUAAAGAUAAAAAACAGGAUAAUAAGAAAGAUGAAUACACGAUUGCAGAUAUUAUGUCGAAACUAAACGAAAUGGAUGGAAAAUAUAACAAGCUAUUUCAAAAGUAUGAGGAGCAAAUAAAAAUAAAUAAUGAGCUUAAGGAGGAAAUUCAAAGUAUCAAAAAACAAUUAAAUAAUAAAGAACAGCAAGAGUUAAAUAAUAAUGUUAUCAUUCAAGGAAUACCAUACAAGGAAAAUGAGAAACUAGAGGAAAUUGUCGACAAAUUAGCAUCUGCAUUAAAUGUCCCACAAGUUCCCAACAGUAUAAAUAAAAUUUAUAGGUUGGGUUUUUCAAAAGACAACAAAUCAUCACCAAUAAGAGUUAGUUUUAGAACAGGAGAAGAUAAGAAAAAGUGGAUGACAGCUAAGAAAACAAAAACAUUAACAACACAUGAUUUAGAACGAUAUACUGAUAAACGCGAAACAAUUUACAUAAACCAUGAUUUGACCAAAUUUAAUCUGGAUCUUUUUAAAAGUGCUAAACGAUUUAAACAAGAAAACAACUACAAGUACUUAUGGAUUAAUGAUGGGAAAAUUAUGCUGCGUAAAGAUGAUAAUACUAAGGUUGAACUAUUGCAGGACUCCAACGACUUAAAAAACUAAUUAUACCUCAAAAUAAACUUAACAUAAUUUAUUAUAAUAUCCAAAGUCUCCGAAAUAAGUUUGAUGAAUUCCAAGCCAGCAUAAAAAGCAUAUCAAGCGAUAUCAUUGUUCUUGUAGAAACAUGUUUAUAUCCAAAUGAAACACAUUUUUAUAAUAUCGAUGGAUAUCAGGCAGUGCAUUCCUGCAGGGACUCUAGGGGCGGGGGCGCGAGCAUUUACAUUAAGAAUACAGUGCAUUUUAACAAAAUAGACUGCAGUGAUCAAACAGAACCCUAUAACUGGGUGUGUAUAGAACUAGAUAAACUUAAACUGAGUGCAAUCUAUAGACCUCCAUGGUAUUCACCAAAUGAGUUCCUAGAUAAGCUGGAAUCUGUGAUAAGUAAAUAUAGGUCUAAUCAUAUUAUUUUAGGUGACUUUAAUAUUAAUCUUUUAGAUCAGGACUCUAUAAUUACUAAAGACUAUAAAAAUUAUGGUUGCAUUAAAUAAUUUUUGUUUUGUCAAUGAGAUUAGUCCUGCCAGCGCCACUCGAGUCUCACAAAGUAGAACAAUAAUAGAUCAUGUGAUUUGUACUACUAACAAAAAAAAUGAAUGUGAUAUUAGUGUAGAAGAUACUUCUUUAUCUGAUCAUAGAAAAAUUUGUUUAGAAAUAAGCGCAAAUAUAAGGAAAUUCAAGCCUGGAAUAUUUGUUCAACGUCCUGUACUAAAUAUACAAAAAUUUAAACAAAAACUCCAAGAUAAGCUAAUAGAAGAAAAUAUAGAUUCAUUUCAAAAUUUAAUUAACGUAAUUAGCAAUUGUAAAAUAAAAUCAACAAUUAAUAAAAAAAUUAAAUGUCGACAAAACAAUGAUUGGAUAACACCAGACUUAUUAAUUUUAAUUAAAGAAAAAGAAUUGGCGUAUAAGAAAUAUAAAAAAGCUCCAGAAAAUAAUAACUUCAAAUUAAAUUUUACAAGGUUAAAAAAUUCACUAAAUAAUAAAAUAAAAGCAUUAAAAAAUGCGUACUUUAAAAACAAAUGGGCCCAAGCAGCACAAAAUACAAGAAAACAGUGGGAUACAAUAAAUCUGUUUUUAAAUAAUAAUUCUACUAAAAGCAAUAUAAACCAAAUCGAAAUUAAUGGUCUAUUAGAAAAUGAUGAUAAAAAAAUUGCAGACAGUUUGAACAAAUAUUUUACGGAGGUAGGUGCGACCAUAAUCGAGGACAUGCGGACUGAUACAAAAAAUAUAUUAAAACAAGAUUUUAAGGAGAUUAAAUGUGAUAAUAGUAUAUUUUUUGAGCCGACAGACAGUAAUGAAAUAAGCAACAUAAUAUUAAGCCUAAAACGAAAUGCGGCUCCGGGCCAUGAUAAAAUUACAAUACUUGAUCUAACUAAUAUAAAAGAGUACAUAUUAAAUAUACUAGUCAUACUUAUAAAUAAUGCAUUCAACAUAGGCGAAUUUCCUCCUGACCUCAAAAUAUCUAAAGUAUGUCCAAUUCAUAAAUAUGGUCCUAAAACCCAAUUAAAUAACUACAGGCCUAUAUCUAUAAUAAGUGUCUUUUCAAAAAUUAUCGAAACAGUGAUUAAGAGGCGGAUGAUGUCAUUUAUAGAAAAAUAUAUCUCAUACGAUUUAUACCAAUAUGGGUUUCUUAAAAACAGCAGCACUUUAAGUGCUACUAUAGAUCUCCUUAACUAUGUGUCAGCUAAUUUAGAUCAAGGCAAAAUUGUCAUAGCAGUUUUUGUCGAUUUAAGAAAGGCAUUUGACGUAGUUAAUCAUGACAUAUUAUUAAACAAGCUGGAAGAAAUGGGUUUUCGGGGAUCUGCACUGUCUUUGAUUGGGUCAUACUUACUUAAUAGAAGACAAUAUGUACAUGUAAAUAAUAAAGAAAGUAAUAUCUUAACAUUUAACUGUGGUGUCCCUCAGGGGUCAGUGUUGGGACCAUUACUGUACUCACUGUAUGUUCUGAGUUUAUGGGUAGCAGGGUUAGACGCCCAAUAUUAUACAUUUGCUGACGAUACUGUAUUAUUGUAUUCGGAUAAUGAUUGUGAUAGAUUGGUUAAUAGGGUAAAUGAUGAUCUAACUAAAUAUAGUCAAUGGUUACUACAAAAUAAUCUUAAAAUAAAUUUGGACAAAACCAAAUAUAUCCUAUUUAAACAGAAAAAUAAGACAAUAAAUCAAGUUAGAAUAUGUCUAAAUGGUGCGACUUUAGAAAAUGUAAAUAAUAUAAAAUAUUUGGGACUUACACUGGAUGAGAAUCUUAAUUGGAACGCUCAUAUUGACUACUUAAAAAGUAAGAUAAUUCUCUUUACAGGAGCAUUUUAUAAAUGUAAGCACUUCUUAAGUAACGCAGCUAAAUAUAAAAUAUAUAAUGCUUACUUUCUUUCAAACUUGCGGUACCUAAUUCCAGUGUGGGGAACCUGUUGUAAGUACAAUUUUCAAAGAGUUGAAAUUUUGCAGAGUAAAGUACUCAAGAUUUUAUUUAAUCUUGAUUAUUUUAUGCAUGCGGGGGACAUAUUUGAAAUAUUGAAAAUCCACUCAAUUAGUCACAUACUUAAAAUAGAACAAGCAAAAUUAAUAUUUAAAAUAAUUAAUAAGCUACAAAAAUCAAAUUACACUAUUGUUUAUUCUAGUGAAAUACAUGCACAUAAUCUAAGAAACAACAAUAUUCGACUAAGUAGUGCCAGAACAAACAUUGCCCUUAGAAACCCAAUCAACGCUGCGACACAAACCUAUAAUGAUCUGUCUUAUGAAAUAAAACAAGAAGUUUCUUAUUAUAAAUUUAUUAGAAUGGUUAAGCAAUCCUUACACUAUUAACAAAGUUGCUAAUAUGUAAUUCUAUGGCCACAUUGUUACAAUAACAUAUUUCUUUUAAAUGUAACUUCGGUACCAAUGCUAAUAUAAGCAUUGCUUAGAAGUUUAUUCAUAUAUUGGACUUGUGUGUUUAUUAAGUUUAUGAAAUAGGCAAUAUUAUAAAUAUGUAUUAAGAAAAAAAAAAUUAAAAAAAAAAAUCAAUUUUGUAACCAGAUAAUUGCUUUAAUAUAUGAAGUGUUUUCAAAAAAAAAAAAAUAUUUAAAUAAAAAUCAUGAUAAAUGGGUGGGAUAAAAGGUAGAAGUUGCUUUAAAUUUUCCCAUUUUAGGUACGGAAUCUUCAAGGGAGUGGGAUAUUGUUCUUAAAUACUUUGUCAUUUAGCGACCAAGAUGGUCUUCCGGUUUUAAGCAUUGAGCAGUUCUCGCUUUGAUUCAUAGGAAUGUAAGAAGUUCUUACAUUACUUUAAAAAAAAAACAAAAAAAGUUUUCUUUUUUGAAUUGGAACCACACUAUCUCACGCCACUUUAUCGGUUUUUUUCAGUGUCUUUUUUUGGGGCAAUCAUUAGACUAUUAAAAUAUUCAAAUGAAACAAAAUCAGUUUCUUGCAUUUCGUACACAGUGAAUUUUUUAGAUGUUUUUUUUAAUAAUUUUGGUCCAGUCUUGUGGACCAAAAACGGGUACAAAAGUUCUUUUAACUUUCUCAAUACGGCCAAAUGAGCGAUCGCAAUCCAUGUAUGAAUGCCCAAUUUCAAAAAACCUGUGAUCAAUUUUUUCUAGGCAGGUAGAUUGCACCAGAUACAUAAACAAUUUUGCAAUAUUUUUAACUGUCACUUAGACCCUUAUGAUUCUAACCCCUUCAUUUGUUAAAAUAACUUGUUACUCUGCCAAAAUUUGUAAAAUGUUCUAUUAUUCGCCUAAUAGCGCAACAUGAUGGUUUACGUUUUUCUGGGAAUCUAUGUAUCUGCAAAUAUAUGGCAUGUUCUCGAUAA